AACAGUUUCUAAUAGGUAUAGAAAAAAAUGGAUGAUAGCAUUGGAGGUAGUUCCUCUAACGACAAUGGCAUCAAGGAACAAGACCGGUUGCUGCCAAUAGCCAAUGUUGGUCGGCUAAUGAAGCAGAUUCUGCCUCAGAACGCUAAAAUCUCGAAGGAAGCGAAGGAGACGAUGCAAGAAUGUGUGUCGGAGUUCAUAAGCUUCGUGACCAGCGAAGCUUCGGACAAGUGCAGGAAGGAGAGGAGAAAGACUGUGAAUGGUGAUGACAUUUGCUGGGCCUUGGCAACAUUAGGCUUUGAUGACUAUGUGGAACCAAUGAGAAGGUCUUUGCAUGAGCUUUUGGCUAAUCUAUUUUGGGAAUCAAUAAAUCUUGGGCAUGGUUUGUUCAGAAAUCUGUUCUUGAAACUCUCAUAAAAUCAAAUAACAAGUUAAAACUUUCCCUGCUCUCUUCAUCUCUUAAUUUAUGGUAACUAAUUUAUGAUAAAUUCUUCUAGCAUGCAUGUAAGAGUGUCCUUGAUUCAAGAAUACUCAUCUUUCAAAGCCAGAAAACUGGGGGUUUAGUAAAAUCAUCAGUUUGAUCUGAG